AUGCUGUUGCGAAGGAUUGUGCCAGCCGCAGAGCCAGGCGAUAAGGAUGAGUAUGGGGAUUGCGAUGCAGAUUGCUGCUAUGAUGAGGGUGAGGGUGAGGGAGUUCAUUUUUCGGGAUUGGAGGAGCGGGUAAUGGGUUGGGGUGGAUAA